UGGUAAACGUGAAAUUCCAAUAGUUGGAACACCUAAAAAAUAUGUAAAAAUUUACACAGAAUGUUGGCAACAUGAUUCAAAUCAGCGACCGAAUAUUCAACGCGUAUUUGAAGAUAUGAAUGAUAUUAAUUAUAGAGACUUAGUCGAUAAAAAUAUUGAUUAUAAUGAUAUUUCUAUAGAAUUCAACAUAAACAUGGAACUUAAAGAGAAUUCAGAAAUAUCUAAAAGUUUAUAUUCAACAAAUUUGUUACAACAUUAUAGUGAUUCGUAUGAGGAAACAUUGAAAGAAUUAGAAAUUAUUUCUUCAGUAAUUACAGCAUUAAAAAUAACGUUUUGUGAUAAUGAUCAAAGAAAUAACAUAACAAAUGAAUCGAAAAUUUUAUCAACAGAUUUAAUUAUUUCAAAUAUUACAAAGAAACAUGAUGUUAUUAAUAAUAAUGAUCAGAAAUUUCUUUAUGAUUUAAAUCAAUUAUUUAUAACACAAUUUAAUAUACAUGGUGUUUCAACGAAUAACACAAAUUUUAUUAUCAAUCAUAUAAACAAUUACAUAAAGGAUAAUAAUAAAAAUCCAAAUGAAAUUCUUACCCAAUAUUAUAAUCAUCAGUAUAGAUAUUACUUUACUAGCAUUAUUGGUUUUUUUUAUGAAUAUGGAAUCGGAACACUUAUUGAUUACUUCAAAGCUUUUGAUAUGUAUAAGCAAGCCUCUGACAAUUCUUACUUAUCAUAUAAUAAUUCAUUAAUUGAAAAUAAUUUAUUAAAAGAAAAUCAUAUUAUUGGAUUAAUCUCUCUUGGUAUUUCUUAUAUAUCUGGAAAUGGUGUUACUAUAAAUCAUCAAAAAGCUUUACAAUUGUUUUUAAAAUCUGUUACUAAAGGAUCUAGUUUGGGAAAAUGUCGUAUUUGGCGGUUUUUAGCAUAUGAGUCUAACAGAUUCACUUGUUCUAAUGCAGCUUCUGGUCUAGCACUUGUAUCACAAAUGGCGUUAGUAUUGGCGCUGGCAUUGAUUUCGAAAAUUUUUAGUAUAUUAUUACCACAAUCUAUAAGCACAUGGGAUACGAUAAACA